AACAUUUGAGGCUAUUGUUUUUCAGUUUGCAAUCUUAUGAGAGGAUCUUAGAACCUAGUGUUGAUAAAAAUGUUAUUUGGCAAAAGAAAGCAAAGUUUUGUUUCUCUUCGGGUAGGAAUUUUUUCAAAGUUAGAGAUUUUACUUAGUUUUAUUUCACACUUUAAUAGUUUGUAAAGUCUUACUAUAGGACUUCAAAAGUAAAAUUUGUCUUACUUUAUUUCUAGGUUUUCUGAUACUUUUUCUAUAGUUUCACCAUCUAUACUCUUUACCAACAACUGUGGUUUAUCAGUUGGUAAUACAGAAGAAUCAUUAACUAGGAGAAAAUGUCAAAUCUAAAAAUGAAAGAGGCAGCCCUUAUUUAUCUUGACAGAAGUGGAGGCCUCCAAAAGUUUAUAGAUGAUUGCAAGUACUACAAUGAUUCUAAACAAAGUUCUGCUGUCUAUCGAUUCAAUAUUUUAAUAAAUCCUUCUGAUGUUGUUGAAUUAGAUGCCGAACUUGGAAAUCACAUUUUACAUCAGCCUUUACAAGCUGCUCGAGUUUUUCAAUCAGUCUGUUUUAUUGCUGUUAAGACUCUCUCAUUAAUUGGACAAUUACAAACAGAAACUCAAAUUAAUAUUGUGCUGAAGUUAACACAUUUACCUGCUCUGCCAAGUUAUGCUCUUGAUCUUAGUGACUUUCCACUUGAUUAUACAUCUCAGAGAUUUUAUAUGCUACAAGGAAUUGUGAUUGCAAUGAUGACUGUAACUAAGUAUACACAAGGUGCAAGGUUCCUUUGUACAGAUGAAGCAUGCCCCCUUUCAAAAGGAUUUCAGUAUAUAAGAGUGCUUGUGCCUGGUGCUACAGAAUCUGCAACAGUAAGAAAUGACUUUUUGUGUAAUCUCUGUGCAUCUUCACUUCAAGAAGACAGAAAAUUUAGAGUAGUUGGUGAUAAACAGAUAGUUGAAAUAAUUACCACAGAGGCACUUCAGGCUUAUCGAGGAUAUUCUAACAACCAGCCAUUUAGAUUCCAGUCAAAUACAAUUUUCCUAAGAGUUUUUGGCCGGGGCCGGGUUUGAACCAGCACCUCUGGUAGAUGGGUCCGGUGCCCUACUCCUUUGAGCCACAGGCACUGCCAGAGAAUAAUUGGCUCUGUAAAAUUUGGAUUCAUUGAAAAAGUUGCAUACAAGGAUCAAGAAGGCCACAGGUUUCCCACCACAUGAACAUACAUGUGUGUGUAUAGAACCCUUAAUCGUGCUAAAUCACAUUGAUUUUAUUAGUUCUGGUAAGAAUACUGUUCAAGAAAGGCUCGUGUGACCAACUCCGGAAUCCUGAUUCCUGCUCUUUUCUGCUUUACCAUUAGUGAGCAGGUCAUGCUGCAAAGUUCCCAUGUGCUUUCAGCUUUCUCGCAGCAUCUUUCUUUAGCUGAGAUUGAGAAAAGUGAUUUAAAUGUCUAGAUAUUUAUGCUGAGCGUGGUGGCUCACACCUGUAAUCACAGCACUCUGGGAGGCCAAGGUGGGUGGAUUGCUUGAUCUCAUGAGUUGGAGAAUAGCCUGAGAAGGAUCAAGACUCCAUCUCUACUAGAAAUAGAAAAAUUAGCCAGGUGUCCUGGCAGGCGCCUGUAAUCUCAGCUACUAGGGAGGCUGAGGUAGGAGGAUAGCUUAAGCCCCAGUUUAAGGUUGCUGUGACCUAUGACACUAUAGCCCUCUACCCAGGGUGAUAGAGUGUGAUC